UGAUGAGUGGUACCUUUUUCUUUUCUUUUUUAAAACCUCUGAGAUCCCAAUCUGACACCAAUUUAAAAGAUCUCCUGCCCAAAAAAUUCCAAACCCCCUUUUUUAAUCUUUCCCCUAUUAUUUUCUUAUUAUCCAUUGCCAUCUUCUUCUGAUCUAUCAACAAACUCUGUCACAAUCAAAUCUAUAUGGGCUUUUACAGCUAAGCCUGUUCUUAGAUGCUGGCACAAGAGGAAGGUCCACAUGAAUUAAGGGGGAGGGUUCUGUUCAAGGUAUGCACACCUCCAUAUUCUCUCAACCCAUAAAAAAAUAUACAAUCUUUUUUGUCUUUGAGGGAGAUUCAUUAGCUUUUGAGUAAUCUUUACCCAUACCCACUUCAUUUUAUUGGUGUUUAGGGUUUCUUUCUUGGUGGGUUUUGUAUAUUUUCAAGAAUCUUGAGUGUUUUGUUAAUUUGUUUCAGUUGUAAUCAGAGUUUAGGGUUUCUUUCUUGUUGGGUUUUGUAUAAUUUCAAGAAUCUUGAGUGUUUGGUUUCAUUUGGAAUCAGAGUUUAGGGAUUUGUUAAGUUCUUGAUGAAUUGUUCUUAUUUUGGUGGGUAAUAUAUCUAUAUCUAUAUAUACAUAUAUAUAUGUAAAAAGAAUGUUAUCUGGGAAUAAUUAUUUGAACAUGGUCAAACCAUGUUGGAAAGCAUCUGUGGAAGGUGAUGAAGGUUGUGUGAGAAAAUCUGUAGAUCAAAUAGGAAGAACAGAUGGGUUAUUAUGGUAUAAAGAUUUAGGGUGUCAUGUAAGUGGUGAAUUUUCAAUGGCUGUGAUUCAAGCAAACAAUUUGUUAGAAGAUCAGAGCCAGGUUGAAUCAGGACCGUUGAGUUCGAUGAAUUCAGGUCCGUACGGAACGUUCAUCGGCGUCUAUGACGGACAUGGUGGACCGGAGACGUCAAGAUUCGUUAACGAGAAUCUGUUCGCUAAUCUCAAGAGAUUGGCGUCUGAGGAUCAAGAAAUGUCGGCGAAUGUUAUCAAGAAAGCGUUUUUAGCGACGGAAGAUGAGUUUCUUUCGGUGGUAAGAGAACAAUGGCGUAUUUGCCCGCAAAUAGCGUCUGUGGGGACGUGUUGUUUGGUGGGUGUUAUUUGCAACGGGUUGAUUUACGUUGCGAAUGCUGGAGAUUCGAGAGUGGUGUUAGGGAGAGCCGAUAGGGGUGUUAGAGGUGUUUUGGCUAUACAAUUAUCAACCGAGCAUAAUGCGAGUUAUGCUUCUGUUAGAGAUGAACUUCAUUCCGUGCAUCCUGAUGAUCCAAAGAUUGUUGUUUUGAAACACAAUGUUUGGCGUGUUAAAGGGAUUAUACAGGUUUCAAGAUCCAUUGGCGAUGCAUAUCUAAAGAAGGCGGAGUUCAACAGAGAGCCUUUAUUAGCAAAGUUUAGGCUGCCCGAACCCUUCUCAAAGCCAAUUCUAAAUCCCGAACCGUCAAUAUUAAUCCACAAACUAAACUCAAAGGAUCAGUUUCUUAUAUUUGCAUCCGAUGGUCUAUGGGAGCAUCUUAGCAACGAGGAAGCCGUUGAUAUUGUCCAUAAUUAUCCACGUAGCGGAAUAGCAAGAAGACUUGUGAAGGCUGCACUUCAAAUAGCAGCCAAGAAAAGAGAAAUGAGAUAUUCGGAUUUGAAGAAAAUCGAUAGAGGGGUUAGAAGGCAUUUCCAUGAUGACAUCACUGUGGUUGUCAUGUUUCUAGACCCGCCAUUGACAAACCGAGCUUCUGCACGCGCUUCGGUUCUAUCAAUAAAAGGAAGCCGAGGAUUACCACACACCAAGUUGUAGCACCGGGGGGGUGUAUGAGUAGGCACCCGAAAGGUGCUUUUUGUUGUGUUAAUGUUUGUAAACUAAAAACAUGUAUUUUAACGCGUUUAAACGAGGUUGUUAGUCAUAGUUGGAAGCGAGUGGUAGUGGAAGAGUUAUUCUUUCGUUCUUAAUCGAAGAUCUUAUGAUUAUCUUUUUAUUGUUUUGAUCAUUUGUUUUGUUUCUAUGGGAUGUGAAUGCUCAUGAUCUUAAAGAAAGGUGAAUCACUUGUUAUUACAAA